AAGGGGCGGAGCUUCAUACAACUUCCUGUUCGUGCCAGUGCUGGAGAAAGUCUCGCGUUCUUUGCAUUUUCAAACAUGGCAGCCGCCGCUGAGGCGAAGGAGUUAAACGACAACUCGGGUGCGCAAGAUGAAACGGACUCCAAGAAAAAUGAGAUUUUGCGUGCGAGAAAUGACGGGAUGGAGCUGAGCAAAGAAGAGAAACAGCGUCUCAGGAAGGAGAAGAAGCAGCAGAAGAAGAACAAGAAGGAUGACAAGGGCCAACCUGACAAUGGGAUGGGCAAGAAGGACAAGAAACCUUUGACUGCUCCUUCAGCUCAGGUCACCACACAAGUCCAGCAGCCAGUGGUGACACAGAAAGCCCUGUCAGCAUCACCUGUGAGCGAGGCUCCAGCACCUGUAGACAGGCCAGCGAAGAGCAAAGCAGAGCUAAGGGCGGAGAGACGGGCUCGGCAAGAAGCGGACCGGGCCAGCAAGCAGGCCAAGAAGGGAGAGUCUGCUGCACAGCCCUCGGUGGGCAAAACGAAGGCACCUCCAAACGAGCUGCAACCAGUGGUGAAAAGACUCCCAGAGCACAUUCAGGCAGAUGACCCUGAAGUUGUGAAAAAGCUGGCUAAGAAGUUGGAGAAGCAACAAAUCCCAGUGAGGCUGGACUAUGGUUACAAAGUCAGCUUGUUCUCUCACCUGCACCAGUACAGUCGCAAGGCACCUCUCACUCAGCAGAUGAGCAUUCCCUCCACUGUGAUCCACCCAUCCAUCGUGCGGCUAGGCCUACAGUACUCUCAAGGCAUCGUGGCAGGUUCAAAUGCGCGCUCCAUCGCCCUUCUGCAUGCCUUCAAACAGGUUAUUCGGGACUACAGUACCCCUCCAAAUGAGGAGCUGUCCAGAGACCUUGUAAACAAACUGAAACCUUACAUCAGUUUUCUCAACCAGUGUCGCCCUCUGUCGGCUAGUAUGGGCAAUGCAAUCAAGUUCAUCAAAAAGGAAAUCUCAAAUAUUCCGAGUCAAUGUAAAGAAGAGGAGGCAAAGUCCAGACUGCAGGCCUCUAUCGAUAAUUACAUCGAGGUGAAAAUAAAUCUGGCAGCCGAAGCAAUUACAAAAUUUGCCAUUGAGAAAAUAAGCAAUGAUGAUGUCAUUUUGGUUUAUGGAUGCUCGUCAUUGGUCAACCACAUUCUAUGUGAUGCCUUCAAGAAGGAGAGGAAAUUCAGGGUGGUGGUGGUGGACAGCCGACCCAGACUAGAGGGACGGGAGGCUCUGAGGCGGCUGGUGAAGAUGGGCAUCCACUGCACCUACGUGCUCAUUUCUGCUGUCUCCUACAUUCUGCCUGAGGUAUCAAAGGUUUUCCUUGGGGCCCAUGCACUACUGGCGAAUGGUUAUGUGAUGUCACGUGUUGGAACAUCACAAAUUGCACUCGUUGCCAAGGCUUACAAUGUACCUGUGCUGGUGUGCUGUGAGACCUACAAGUUCUGUGAAAGAGUGCAGACAGACUCCUUUGUAUCCAAUGAGCUAGAUGACCCAGAUGAGCUCACAGUGACCCGGAAUGGCAGGACACAGCUGAAGCACUGGCAGAGCUUCCACAUGUUGGGCCUGUUAAACCUUGUGUACGAUGUCACACCACCAGACUUUGUGGAUCUGGUGAUCACAGAGCUGGGAAUGAUCCCGUGCACCUCGGUGCCGGUGGUUCUAAGGGUGAAGAAUGUGGAUCAGUGAGGACAACAAAACUUACGCAUGUCUGUGUACGCUGUUUUCCAGCAUGCAAUAAAUAUUUGAAUUUGUGCUUUAUUUUUUA